AUGACCACUGCAAGGCCUAGCAUGGACUCCCUCCCAAACGAAACUUUACUCUAUAUUAUCUCUAUGUGCGAGGACUUUCGUCCAUCCGCAUCCCACCCGAACCCAGUCCUUCCUCGUCUCUCGCUCGUGUGCAAGUCUCUGCACGCCGUCGCCACGCACGAACUCUAUAAGAGCGUCUACCUCUCCCCCAGUAGCAAACAUGGUCUCCUACGCCUAUAUUUCAAAGCGACCACGUUUCUCCACGCCGUUCAGAACAACCCAUAUCUCGCGUCCAUCGUCCGAGAGCUUCACUUUACUUCGCCUUGGUGUAACACCGUCGAAACGGAACAGCUGUCAGAAGUGAUCAGGCGUUGUGGUGGAGUAGAGGUGUUGGACCUCUCGGGUUGGGUCAGCGCCAGUGACUCGCGAGGAAACAGCCUAGAGGGACUGGUGGAAGCAAUGAGGGGGAAGGCGGAGUUGAAAAGUGUGCGACUUUCGCACAAAACGGGCUACUCUCUCGCGGGAAUGGAGGACUUCUUGAACAUGCCUCAAUUGUGGCCCAACAUAGAAGCCGUGUUGAUUGAAGACGAGGCGAUUGGCAAGGCGGAAAUCUGGGAGGGAAUCACUUGCGCAGGGGAAGAUGAAGAUCACGAAAUAUUCACAGACAGUGUCUUUACCGAAGAAGUUUUAGGUGAAUCGGAUCACUUUGCUGGCCUGAAACCUCCUCCAGCCCUGUCCAUCAGGACCAACGCCUGCCCGCGACUCCGACAGCUUAGCUUCCGCUGUCAGUACCUCCAAGACAUUCAUAUCAUCGCUCUGUCAAUAAUCGCCCCAAACCUGGAGAGCCUCUUCGUUCUCGCUGGUCAGCCUGAUGAGGCGUUCACGGCGAGCUCUCUACGAAGCGCGUUGGGACGAUGGUCGUACUCCCUUACAGAGUUGCGAGUGGUCUACAAGGUCGACGAUGAUCUUGAUGGGCAGAGCAACGUCGGUUCAACUUGGAUGUGGUCAGAGGAGUCAAUGAGCGAGGUGCUUCCCCCAGAGAUGGGAGCAUUGAGGCUCGCCAGGACGACCUCGAUACACAUACCGCCUAUCGACUUCAUAACUGGAUAUCGAGCACUGGAGAAGCUGACGUAUGGAUUAUGGUACGAUGAAGCGGCGGUACUCCUCCAAGUGCUUCGGUCGGAAGGGUCGUUGCCACGCUUGAGGCAGUUAAAUGUAAUUGCUGGAAAUUAUGGGAAACAUAUGCCAGAGUUUGAUGUGAGCGUUGGAGUGCUGGAGGACGUUUGCUUAUCAAGGGGGGUUGAAUACCGUUUCAAUGAAGACGACGAAGAGGGUACGAGGGUGGGCCAUUAUCUCUACGGAGUUCGUAUGCAUAACCACGAUUGGGAUUGA